AUGUAUACAUGUGUUUGUUUUGACUGUCUUUUAUUAUUUUGCGAUGUGAAGCGAAAUAAGUGGAAUAAAGGGGCAUUGGGAAUGCGGUGUUUUUCCCGUUGCCAUGCGCAUUGGAUGCACACCGCCGUAACGGUUCCAGUGCGCAUGCUGAAGCGCAAAUUAAGUCCUGACCGCACACGCGAUGAAGAGAUUCAGGACCGCCAAAAUGCAUUUGUGUGGUCUGAGAAACAUAUUUAUCGUCCCCACCAACACUUCACGUUUGACCCGUGUAGCUGGAGCCGUCCGUUGGAAGAAAAGGUGAAGGCAAAGAGGCAGCUUUCACUCGUAGACCGACUGCGUGUAUUGGAAGAGCGGGAGAGAGAGGCAACAUGUGUUGUGGAGGAAGUAAAAGACACGAAUGAAUGUAAAGAGGUUGUGAAUUACUUUUACUCUAUUGAGAAAAAAGAAGAAAAGGCGACUUCUUUGCAAGAGGAGUUGGAACGUUUGAAUGCGUUGCAUGUUCUUCUCACAGCCCCACGACACAUGGACACAUCUUUGGCAAAGGCAGAACGACUGCGAGAGGAAUACAGGGACAUGUUGCAGUGCGUGUUUGAACGUCUCCGUGUAGCCGUUGUGGACGAGACAAUGACAUUUGACGCAUUGCUGUAUUCCUGGUUUUUGCUGCUUCAGGGAGCCCAACCGCUUUUAGAGGCGCUGACGGAGAGACGGAAAUUUGAUGAGAACACUCUUCAUUGCGUCAUUGUCACCGUGCGCGAUGCGCUUGAGACGCUCAUGUUGCACGCCGCAAAGGAAAUGGAUACGACGGGUAAAGAGGAGUUGCUUCUGGAAGGGUUGGUGGAGCUGUUGGAUGUGGCCACACAUCCCUUUACCCGGCAGGGUGCAAAGUUGCGGGAGAAUAAACGGCAAUCUUGUCAUGCUUCCGAAGAGAAUACAGAAGUGCUUGUGAAAGGGUUAAUUUUGCGAACCAUGACUGCACUGAAGGAGCGUAUGAUAACCGAUGAUGGUGCUGAAUUGCUUGACGCGCAGCAUCUCCACGCACUGUUGCGCAGCAUGGCACGUUGUCCCGACUCGGUGAACGAGUCACAUCUUCAGCGUGCGGCGCUGCUGACAAGAAAGGUAGUGGAGGGAAUUCUUGCAACACUCAAAGGAGUUGUCGCACCCUCGAUUAGGCACUCAAUGUGCCUCUCCCUCUUGGGAAAAGCAGCGCGGCGUCUCGUCUUUGAUAAAAAUGAGUUGAUGAGAAGAAGAGACAUGUCCUGCCAAUUGGUGUUGGAUGCAUGCGACCCUCCAAGCGGCGUGAAGAAACCUACUAUUGCCGCGGAUGAGGUGUCGCAUGUCACGUGUGCCUGUGUGUCUUUGCUGCGACAGGCAACGCGUGCCUCGCAUGUCACUCGGGCAAAGGUGUUGGAGGCCAUUGAUUUCCACUUGGUGAUGCUGUCACAUGCUCCAAACUACGACCUUGGCAUAACUGACACCGUCACUUUUGUAUGCGAACUUCUGGAAGGUGGGGUGUUGGACGUUGGCACAGGGGCGGCGGAGCGAUAUCUUCGUGUGGUUCUUUUGCUUUCACGUCUGCAGUUUUCUCCGUGCGACAAUCAAGACGUUUUAUGUCGUUUGUUUUUCUUUUUUUGUAGCCUUGCUCCACAUGAGUCGCUUUCUGAGUCGACUUUGCGGGAGUGGAAACGGCUUUAUGGGAUAGUCAUGCAUCAACUGCUCUCUUCUGUGCGUGCGGUUGCGUUGGGAAAGAAUUACGUUUGUGGGAGUGACAGACCGGGUACUUGGGAAGAGCUUUUGGCAUUUGGACGGUAUCAUGGCGCUUUGCCACUUUCACUGUGGUACGAUGCCUGCCAAAUUUACUUUGACAAAGCCACCGUCCCGUUGUCGUCAAAAUGUGCCCGUGCGUUACUUUCACUACGAACUCGUUGUAGGUCUCAUAUUGGCGGUGUUUCUACUGGAAAGAACAAGCCUUCUUCCCUGUGUGCAUCUCCGCUGGACUUUGAUUCGGUACGGCUGCUCGCACGAAUGUUACACGUUAUAUUGGGCGAAGGCGUAGCUGCAGAAGACCUGAUGAAUGAAGCUGCCGCGUGGGAUGUGGCACAGAGUGCUGCGGGGAACGACGAGGCGCUUUCUGCGUUGUUACGUGGAGCACAAAAGUGUGUGCAGGAACGACAGGCGAGUAAACAUGUCGUGAUGACGUUCUUGUGA